AUGAACCGAUCACACAAGACGACACCCGACAACAAAUACAUUGAAAGCGAUCUUAUUCAUAUUGAAGAUGCUUCAUUUCUUAGAUUCUUGGAUAAUGGCACAGCGUCCAUGGAUCCAAAUUCCGUCAUUCAAACAAUGGCUGGUGCGAACAUUCCAUUCGAAAUCAACCUUCCAAACUACUGUAUGGUAUCUGAUGACGACGAGAGAAGCGAAGAUAUAAGUUUCUUUGAAGAACUGACUUCGCCUUUCAUACCCGACCAACCACAAGUCGAUUUCCCCAAUAAGUGGUGUAGGAGUCACGAGCUUCCUCCUCCUCCUCCUCCUACUACUACUACUACUAGAAGUACUCCAUCGAUGGAAGGAAUGAUCAACAAGCUCAGUGCCACCAUGAUUCGGAGUGCAAAGUCUCGAGACUUGGUAUCCAGCAAUAUCCUUCCUGACCUGAUACGGAGAGGUUUGCACCUGGAAAACAAAAAGAGGGCGAGAGAAAUGGUGGAUCCAAUGAGUUCGAGGACGGCUGUCGUCAUCAGUACAUCCGCCAAGCGACGAAAAGAGGAAGCCGUACCAAUCAGAAUCAUACAAAAUGAUUCCAGAAUGAUUUCGAAUGGGGAGAAGAGACAUGGGUCACAAUCGAUUGCUGGGUUUCUUCGGGCAUCCAAGAAAUACAGCUGA